CGUCGCCCCGUCCACUGAGAGGUAAAUGACAUUUGCUAAGACAUAUAUUAGCACCUUCAACCUCGCAGAAAGCAGGGUGUCGGCGAGCGACAACUCUUUCGAACUCGGCAAUACCUAUAUUGAUGACAUCAGGCUUAAGCGUGAGGGAGAGGCAUACCUGAUAUCUCUACUAGCACAUCCUCAAAAACCCCGUUGUUUUGAGCCUGGCCAAUUAAGUCAACGCCUCCCUCUCCAAGGACAGCCCAAACGAGGAGUAUCGACAGACUUAGUAGUGUCUCUUAUAUUUCUGUACAGCACACUACGGCAACGCGACGGCUUAUGUGAGGGAACAUAUGGCCUUUCGUCACGGUAGGUCAGAGCACAAGAUUAUAAAUCAGAAAUAUAUCAAUGUAGGUUGUAUGGAAGAGUGUGCGCC